GGUGUGUUGUGGUUUCUGUUGCUUCUCAAGUCGGGUGGGCAGCCCAUGGGGGGCCAGCUUCUGUUGAAAGGAUUCUCCUGCUCUUUGAUAAAACUACCUGAAGAACCCAGACUGAGGCCCCCUCAUGGAUGAGGCAAACGGGACAUCAUUUGUUGCUGAGGAGUCCUCCAACGCCUCAACCAGCGGGAACACCUCCGUCAGGGACCCGCGCCGGGAAAUUCCCAUCGUGCACUGGGUGAUCAUGAGCAUCUCCCCGCUGGGCUUUGUUGAGAACGGAAUCCUCCUCUGGUUCCUCUGCUUCCGGAUGAGAAGAAAUCCCUUCACCGUCUACAUCACCCACUUGUCCAUCGCGGACAUCUCGUUGCUCUUUUGCAUCUUUAUUCUGUCUGUCGACUACGCUUUAGAUUACGAGCUGUCUUCUGGCUAUUACUACACAAUUGUCACGUUGUCGGUGACAUUUCUCUUUGGCUACAACACGGGCCUGUACCUGCUGACAGCCAUCAGUGUGGAGAGGUGCCUGUCUGUCCUAUAUCCCAUCUGGUAUCGGUGCCACCGCCCCAAGCACCAGUCAGCGUUCGUCUGCGCCCUCCUGUGGGCACUCUCCUGCUUGGUAACCACCAUGGAAUAUGUCAUGUGCAUUGACAAUGAGGGACAGACCCACUCCCGGAGUGACUGCAGGGCCGUGAUCAUCUUCAUAGCCGUUCUGAGCUUCCUGGUCUUUACUCCCCUCAUGGUGGUGUCCAGCACCAUCUUGGUGGUGAAGAUCCGGAAGAACUCGUGGGCAUCCCACUCCUCGAAGCUGUACCUGGUCAUCACGGUCACCGUUAUCAUCUUCUUCAUCUUCGCCAUGCCCAUGAGGCUCCUGUACCUGCUCUAUUACGAGUACUGGUCGACGUUCAGGAACUUGCACCAUGUUUCUCUUCUCUUCUCUACCAUCAAUAGCAGCGCCAACCCUUUUAUUUACUUCUUCGUGGGCAGCAGCAGGAAGAAGCGGUUCAAGGAGUCCUUGAAAGUGGUUCUGACCAGGGCUUUCAAAGAUGAGAUGCAACCCAGGCAUCCUGAAGACCACACGGCCACCGCGGCAACCGAGACUGUUGUCUGACCGGCGGAAGGAGAUUGUGGACCAAACAGUGGGACGAAGAUGAGCCGCAGUUUGUACUUGGAAAUGCAACUGAAUACCCCCUAAAUAUGAUACAGAAGGACACCCUACCCCACAUGCAUGAGAUGCGAGUUAAUGCUGAGAUUGUACUCUUGUGCAGCUCUACCUUCUGGAAAUGCCUGAAUACGUGUCGAAACUUCUUUCUGUAACUUCCAAAAAAUUCCUUCUGUUCCUCUUCAGCUCUCUGGGAAGCAUUUCCCCAUGAACUAUAAAGAUUACUCCAGCAGGAAGGUUUACAGGUGUGUACAGGCAAAGGCACAAGUACUUGACGAACCUUGAAAAAGUGAAGCCAUAUCGUAGGAAGAACAUGAGUUUUGGAAUCAGACUGACUCUGUCAUUUGUCGCUGAUUUGACCUCAGUUUUAACCCCCAGGGACCUCAUUUCCUCAGUAUAAAAUGGUAACAGUAGUAGUCCAUACCUCCUGGGCCUGUGGUGAAGGUGACACCGGAAGACGAGGUGUGCAAAGGGUCUGGUACACGUCAGUGUUGAGAAACAUCUGUGUCUGUGACUCUUUGAAGUGCAAGAAGAAAUACACAUUUCUGUUUUGUAAAGCGCGCACACUCCACACACACAGCUCUGUCAUGUGCAAAUAAUUGUUACAUGUUUUUAAAUGAUGAAUGUAAUUUACAAAGGUCUUCUGUCUGUUUGCUGCAGGAGAACUCUUUUUGGGAUGCCACCAUCUGAGAUGUUAGGACCCCCAACCGCCGUGUGCUGGGGCAUCACUUCGGGUUGGAGAGAAAGCGUUUGGCCACCCUCCUUGCGGCUUCCCUUCCCUCUCUGGGAAUGCCUCGUGUAAUGAAAGUCUGUUUUGAAAUCCUUUGCUUGAUAUAAAUGUUCAUGAAUGAAAUCAUGAGGGUGAUUGUGUUUUUGGAACCCCCUCCUCCCCUUCAUGAAGAGGGUUAUGUAUUUAUAGUCACAAA